CUGUAGUGAAACAUAUACACCGGAAGAGAUGCUUCGAGGAAUGGUCUUGGAGAAUUUUGUUAAUUUUAAAGACAGAUCUGUAUUAGACUUUUCAAAAACAAAAUAUGGUCCAAACAUUUUUGUUGGGGCGAGUUCAACAGGAAAAACAGCUGUAUUAGAAUUAAUCAGAAGAUGCAUGGAUAUAAAAUUAAAUUCAUCCCUCACAAAUCGUUGUAACGAAAGUGAAACAGCAUAUGUUUUUUGCGAGUUUGAGAAUACAUUUGAAAAUUAUGAACCUACGGUCAUAUCAGGGAUGAUUGUAGAUACAGUACACGAAGAUAACGUAGACGAUGAUGAAGAAGAUGAAGAAUGGGAAGAGAACGAGAAAGUAAAUAAAGAAGACACAAUUUUUCAUAAAGUCAUAAUGUACGUAUACAAAGGAAAAAUAAAAUUUUGUAGAAAAACGUACUUCAAGACACCUGACGACAGAAUCGUUGAUCUUAAAAAGAAUGUGAGACUCGGUAAAGAUUUUUUGGAUGACAUAAAAGUAAUUGAUAACAGUUUGUUUAUUGCCAACAAAGAUAGAAAACCAAAUAAAAAUUAUGAGAUUAGCAGUCGGUUACAAAAGGAUUUCAAUAUUGCAUUCGUUGAAAAAGUUUCAAAUGAGAUUAGAAAACAACAAAAAGAUAAUAGAAUCCACAAUCGAUAUCCAAAAGUGUGGGGAGCAUUAGAAGAUGGAUUUGUUGGUGUUUUGUCAAUGAGAGGAUUAGGUACAUUUCAAUGGACAAAAAGUUUAUUAAUCGACGAUAAAUUCAAAUCAAAGAAUUAUGAAGGCGCAAGCGCUCAAGCGGAAAUUAUAGCUGAACUAAUAGAAAGUAAAGAAAUUGAUAGAAACAGAGAACGCAAAAUAUUUAAUUUUCUUACCAGUGAAAGUAACUUUCAUUUUGUCAAGAAACCGAAUUCGGCGAUAGUUCUUCAAAAAGACGAUAAAGAGUUUCCGUUGUUGAAGACCUCUCUUGGAAUUGUAGAGGCCAAACAAUUUUCACUUUUGAUGGCACACAAUAGGCUGCAAACAAUUUGUCUAGAAGAGCCUGAUAGAGGAAUGCAUCCACAGAUGAUUGAACGUAUGAAAGAAGUUCUGCACGACGAAAGUUGCAAGAAAACCAUUAUUGUUGUCACUCAUAGCCCAUAUCUUGUCGACUCCACGUCACUGAAAAACUCUUUCUUAUUUUCGAGAGGAGAGAAUGGUUCAAACGUCGUCAACAUAUACGACGAACUUGAGAAAAAUGAACUUUUAAAGUUGUUAGGAACAACAGAAUUCAAAACUCUUUUGUUUUCCUCAAAUGUUCUUUUUGUUGAAGGACCAUCUGACAAACUUGUUCUUGAAGCUAUCUUCAGAAAUUAUGGAACGAGUUCAAAGUCAUUUGCUGACAGUUUUCCAAUAUUACGUCACGGAAUAUGUUCUAUGGGAGGAAAAGGAAAAGCCGACAAAAUGAAAGAUUUUUGCAAAAAAUUAAAUAUAAAGUUUUGUAUAGUUGUGGAUAGGGAUGUAAUGAUGAAGGACAAAGAGUCAAAAAUUUAUUAUAAAAGCAGUUUUAGCUCACCUUUUAAAGAAUAUGAUUGUAGCAGCUCAACGUCUCCUGAAGAACAAUUUCAAACGUUUUCUAAUAAAUUGGCAGAAAACGAAAAUCUGUUUAUUUGGAAAAAUGGUGAAUUGGAAGACUUUCUUUUAAGUGAAAACCAAUUUAAAAUAUGCGAACUUUUAAUUCCGGACGACCUUUCAAGGGAAGACAAGUAUCCAUUCGAUGCCACACAUUCAAAAUAUAUACAGAUGAAAGGGAAGAUCAAGGCAUCUUUGAAUGAUGGAAUAUCUCGGGAACAACUUGAUAAGUUAGCAAAUUAUGUAAUUAAUAAUCAAGAAACUAAACGCCUGCUUAAUUUCCUGGAAAGCAUAAAUGCUGUAAAAUAUCAAUAAACACUCUGUAUCACAUGUUUAAAAAAGUAUUGUAUUCUAAUUAGCAUAAUAUUUCUUUAAAUGCUAAGAUGAAUAUUAAGACUUACAUGGACAAUUGCACUGAAAAAAGUUUUUGAGUUUUGAGUUUUUUUUGUGAAAAGAAUACAUAGAAUGCUGUAAUCGAAUGGUUUUAUUCUGUAAUUAUUAAGUUUUGACUGAUUGUUUUUGUUCGGUUUCUUUUUCCCUAUUCGUAUGAGGGGUUUUGCGCUUUUUGUUGAUCAUAAUUGAAGUAUUCUGUUUCAAAAGGAAAACCCUCAUCUUAUUUUACGGUUUUGUUUUAUUAUUUUGUUUUAUUAUUUUUUUUACAACUGAAAUAUUUCGAGAGCUAUAACUCAGAAACUAUUCAAUCGAUUUGCACUAAAGAACAAGUGCACUUAAUGUAUAGAGAAUGGGACCUUUCUCAGUGCCGUUUUAUGUAGAUAAUGUCAACAAGAUGCUUUAUUUGUAUAAUUUAAGCUCUAGCUUGCAAUAGGAAAACCCUUGAAAUGUAUAUUCAUUUUUCCUAUUUAGGUGCUAGCAUAAUGUUAUACAAACUUCUUCUUUCACGGGAGUUUUUCCAAAUGUAUAAUGCGUUUUUCGUCUUUUCCCAAAUUUUGUUCACAGUCUGGCUGACGGUAAACAUUGGCUUUAAAAUGUAUGUUCGUCCUUGAUUUGAUAUGUAAAAUUACGAAUGUUGGCUGACCGCUACUAUGUUUAUAAGCUUUGUAAUUUUUAUAAACACUUAAUAAAGCGCAA